UCAACUUCCAAUCUGCCAAUUAACGCAUUCCUAUAGCUUCUGUUUGUUUCCUCUUUCUUUUUCUCAUCACUUUGAACUUCAUCGCCGUUAAUAAUGGCGCACACAACGCAAAUUGCCGUUCUUGCAUCUCUACUUCAACAGGCAUCCGAGAGCAUCCUUGAAAUGCUUCAAACGGCAAGAAAGAGCAAUCAGAACAGAGGAUUUCUAAGGUCAGUAAUCCUCACAGAGUUGACUCCUCUGUUCAACGAGAUCAAGCAAUACAAUUACGACGACGAACACCUUGAUCGACAAAGAGAGCAAAUCACGGCUCUUAUAACAGAAACUGAUGAUGACGGUGCAAGCCUAUGCAAUUGCAGUUGCUCUUCUUGGUCGCACUUGUGGGAAAAUUGCUUCUCCUGGCUCGUUCGGCAUAUAAAGAAUAAUAAUAAUAAUAACAAUGAUGAUGAUUGUGAUUACUUUGAUGAAGCUUUGAGGGAGGAUUUGAAUGAGACGCUUGAGAAGUUGAGAGAGAUUAUUGAGGUGCUUAAAUGUGGCUGUGUUUCGGAAAGGAGGGGGGUAUGUGGUGUUCCAGAGAAGCGAGGGUUCACGGUGGGAUUGGAGGAGUCAAUGAGGAAGUUGAAGGCGGAGGUUAUGAGGGAGAGGGAUGGCGUGUCAGUCAUUGUUUUGACCGGCUUGGCUGGUUCUGGGAAGACCACUUUGGCUACAUCGCUCUGUUGGGAUCAACAAGUCAAAGGUAAAUUCAGGGAAAAUAUCUUAUUCAUCACAUGCUCGAAAACAUUCAAGAUAAAGAUAAUUGUAGAGAGACUCUUUGAACACUCUGGAUAUCGAGUGCCAGAGUUUCAAAACGAAGAAGAUGCAAUUAACCGAAUGGGAGUUUUGCUGAGGCAUAUUGGAAAAAGUAGUCCAAUGUUGUUGGUCCUUGAUGAUGUUUGGCCUGGUUCAGAAUCCCUUGUUGAGAAAUUCAAAAUACAAACAUCAUCAGAUUACAAGAUUCUGGUUACUUCAAGGGUUGCAUAUCCUAGAUUUGGCACCCCAUGUAUCGUCUUAGAACCACUCAAUCAUGAAGAUGCAUUAACACUUUUCAGUCACUUUGCCCAAUUGGAAGAUAACUACUUCUCAAAUUUCCAAAAUGAUGAAGAUAUUCUCCAAAAGGUUGUAAGAGGUUGCAAGGGUUCACCUCUUGCGAUUACUGUGAUUGGUAGAUCAAUAAGAAAUCAACCUUAUGAAUUUUGGCUCAAGAUGGUAGAGAAAUUGUCACAGUGUCGUUUUAUAUUUGAUUCAAGUGAGGAAUUACUAAAAUGCCUCGAAAAUAUUUUGGAAAUUUUAGAGGAUAAUCCUAUCAUAAAGGAGUGCUUCAUGGACCUAGGGCUAUUUCCGGAAGAUCAAAGAAUCCCUGUUACUGUUCUCUUGGAUAUAUGGACUGAGUUGUAUGGAAUGGAUGAUGAUGGCAUAGAGGCAAUGACUAUUAUCAACACAUUAAACUCUAUGAAUUUGGCUAAUGUCUUAGUUGCAAGGAAAAAUGCUUGUGACGUUGAAAACUAUUACUACAACAACCACUUCAUCGUGGUGCAUGAUCUUCUAAGAGAACUUGCAAUUUAUGAGAACAAUCAAGAAGCAACAGAACAUAGACACAGAAUGAGCAUUGGCAUGAACGAACAGAAUGGCGAAUUUGGGCUUGGGGAGAAGCAGCGAGGCUUCAUUGCUGAAAUCUUUUCAAAAUGUUUGAGAUGGUGUAUUAAUAAACAGAUGCCGCAACAGAUCCAUGCACGCACUUUGUCAAUAACGAUUGAUGAAACUUGCCCUUCUUACUGGUCCAAUAUGCAAACGGCUGGCGUUGAAGUUCUGAUUUUCCAUCUUCGAGCUAAGUUCUUCUCUUUUCCAAUGUUCAUGGAGAAAAUGAGUAAACUCAAAGUUCUCAUUGUAACAAAUUAUGGCUUCUAUCCUUCUGACCUCAACAAUUUCAAGCUACUUGAUUCCUUACCAAGCCUGAAAAGAAUAAGACUAGAGAGAAUUUCUGUUCCUUCCUUCGGCCACUUAAAGAAUCUAAGGAAACUAUCCCUCUACAUGUGUCAAGCAAGUCAUGCUUUCGAAUUUGAUAACUUCAAAUUUUCAGAAGCAUGUCCAAAUCUAGUAGAGUUGAACAUUGAUUACAGCAAAGAUAUGGUUGAAUUGCCUAAUGGAAUCUGCGAAAUUCCGUCGCUGAAGAAGCUCUGUGUCACUAAUUGCCACAAGCUCUGUUCAUUGCCGAAAGAAAUUGGAGAUCUGAAGAAUUUGGAAAUCUUGAGGCUCAAUUCUUGCACUGAUUUGCAAGGAUUACCAGAAUCCAUUGGAAUGCUUUCGAAUCUGAGACUUCUGGACAUAUCAAACUGCAUAAGCCUUCCAAAUUUACCUGAAGAAAUUAGUAAUCUGUGUGGUCUAAGGAAGCUGUACAUGACGAGUUGCGCGAACUGCGAAUUGCCGUCUUUAUUCUCCAAUCUUGAGAAUUUGAAGGUGACAUGUGAUGAAGAAACAGCUACUUUAUGGGAAGCUUUCAUAACAAUGAUUCCUAAUCUAAGGAUAGAGGUGCCUCAAGUUGAUGUGAACUUAAAUUGGCUUCACACAGUUAAUUAGCUAUUGCUAAUGUAUAAGAGAAAGGUUUGGCAUCAUUAAUAAUGGAAUGAAGAAGUUGUUCCAGUUAUGAAAAAUGAGAGAAGGUUGUUGAAAGUUCUAGAACUUACUGUAUUGUAAUAGGCACUACUGUCGAAUCUUCAUUCCUAUCCGUAGGAUGUGAAGGAAACCCUUUGAAUUUCGUACGGCCUUGCUCUCUGGAUUAUUGUAACCUGGAUUUUAUAUGGUUUUAAUAAUAAGGUGCAGAUUUUAAA